AUACAAAAACAAAAAUGCAUUUGAAUGCAUAUUUGUUGUGCCUAGUGCUUGGAGCUGGCAUCUUGAUGCAGACCCAAGGUUCCGCAGAGGAAGAUGAACAGCCGAUGCAUUUGACCAACGAUGCGUCUUUCUUUCAGCCGCAAUUGCACGACAAACGCCUCGGACGCCAGCUGGUCGAGGAUUUGGAAUAUAACGCGAACUCAGCUAGCAGCAUCAGCAGCGCCAGCAGCAGCAGCAAUGCCAGCGAGGAUGAUGUGGAGGAUGACAGCGAGUAUUAUGACAGCGAUGAGGAUCAAACUGAGAAUGACAGCGAUGGCAGCAAUGAGUCCUUGCCCCGCCUGCUCUCAUCCUCGACAUUUCAUCGCAUCUCUGAGACGCUGGGGGCUCUAAAUACAGUGGGUCACAUGCUGGUGGACAUGACACGAGGCGGCCAGGAGGCCAAGACGGAGAAUGGUAGCAGUAGCAGUGCUAGUGGUGAAGGGAGCACAACCACCAGCAGCACCGCCACAGAAUUAGGCGACCACACAACUGCAACUCCUCUGUUCAAAUCACAAUCGGUGCCUGGCAUCUCGGGUAAGAUACUGGACAGCACAACGCAGACACUGUCCGCAAACAGUUUGCUGCCAGCGGGAAAGCCGGCCAAUUUGAGUGCCAUUCAGGUGGCCACCAAGCGCAUUGGCCAGGCGGAGGGGGUGGCGUCGGGCAAUCCCAUGUUCGUGGAGAACAAGGACGCAAAGCAGCAGAAGAAGAAGCGGAAGAAGAACAAAAACAAGCAGAAAGUGAAGAAACCCAAUGAGGAACUAGGCCAAGCCACACCACAGUCAUUGCAGAAAAUUAAAAUACCCACAACACCACGCACAACCACCGCUAGCAGCAGCAGCAGUAAUGGCUUCACUAGCAGCACCACUGGCAGCUCCACAACAUUGCGGCCACUUGAUCAGCUGGCCUUGGCCAGCGAGGAAGCUGGCACCGCCAAGGAUGCGGAGAACUAUUGCAAGACACCUAGCGGUCGUCCGGGACGUUGCGAGGAUCUCAGCAGCUGUCCUGCUCUGCUCCUGAAUUUAAGCAGCCUGCGAGAGUCGCUCUGCUUUAAGAGUCUCUUUGUGCCGGGCGUGUGUUGUCCCUUGUCCGCUGGCGCCUCGGAGAGUUCCACAGUGCUGACCACCCAGCGUCCACUGAAGCUUACCGCUAGGCCACAGACCAGCAGCACCACCUUGGCCACAACAAAACGACCCGCCACACUGCGACCCACAGCCAGACCCAGCUCCAGACCCACUUCCGGUCUGGUGCUCAUACCACAGAAGAAACCACCGACAACAACAACGACAACCACAACUGAGGAGCCACUGGAGCCAGAGGAUCUGGAUGAGAUUGCCAAUAACAUUGUCGAUCCGGAUGAGUGCGGUCAGCAGGAGUAUUCAACGGGUCGCAUUGUCGGCGGCGUCGAGGCGCCCAACGGACAGUGGCCCUGGAUGGCAGCCAUCUUCCUGCACGGUCCAAAGCGUACGGAGUUCUGGUGCGGUGGCUCGCUAAUUGGCACCAAGUACAUUCUGACAGCGGCGCAUUGCACCAGGGAUUCCAGACAAAAGCCAUUCGCUGCCCGACAGUUUACGGUGCGUCUGGGCGACAUAGAUCUUUCCACGGAUGCUGAACCCUCCGAUCCUGUCACUUUUGCCGUCAAGGAGGUGCGCACCCACGAACGGUUCUCUCGGAUUGGCUUCUAUAAUGACAUAGCGAUUCUCGUGCUGGAUAAGCCUGUGCGCAAGUCCAAGUAUGUGAUACCCGUUUGCCUGCCUCGAGGGGCACGUAUGCCGCCCAAGGAGCGUUUGCCCGGCCGACGCGCCACUGUGGUUGGCUGGGGCACCACCUACUAUGGCGGCAAGGAGUCCACUAGCCAGCGGCAGGCCGAGCUGCCCAUCUGGCGCAACGAGGACUGCGAUCGCAGCUAUUUCCAACCCAUCAACGAGAACUUCCUUUGUGCCGGCUACUCCGAUGGCGGAGUCGAUGCGUGUCAGGGCGACUCUGGUGGUCCUUUAAUGAUGCGCUACGACUCGCAUUGGGUGCAAUUGGGCGUCGUGUCCUUUGGCAACAAGUGCGGCGAGCCCGGCUAUCCGGGCGUUUACACACGUGUCACGCAGUACCUCGACUGGAUACGUGAUCACACAAAGGAUUAGGCGACUUAGUUGUAACUGUAGCUAGGCUUAUGUACCCGCUAGUCUAUGUACGUUUAAUGCUCUCUUCCUGUUGCUACUACUACCACAUAUUAUACAACUACUGAUAUUUAUGAGUCCCCAUAACUCAAUUGCUAUCCAAUUGUUUACCAUAUUAUGCGUAGUUGCGAACAGCAUUUGUUAUUUAAAUUAUUUAGACCU